CAACGACCCGACCCGGCCCGGGGGGACCCCCGGCCGCCAGGGGAGCCUCCUGCUGCCUUAGAACUCCCCGGUGGCUGAGGGGCCGACGCGCCCCGCUCCCCAACACUCCCGGCGUUCAGGGCCUCCCUCCCCCAGUGCCACAGCAGCAAGCGGGGAUGAGGGAAUACGCGGAAUAAGCAGCACGGUUUUUUCUUAAUCCCCCCCAACAGCCAUCCUAAUUUUCCCCCUCCUUUUCUCAGCCCAGGCCUCUCCUUACGCAUAAAAUCAUCAAGGUUGGAAGAGACCUUUAAGAUCACCCAGUCCAACCAUCCACCCAGCGCUGCCACUGUAAACCCUUAAAGCACUGAACCACAUCAUCCAGCGCCACAUCCAGGCGCCUCCUAAACACCUCCAGGGACGGUGACUCCACCACCUCCCUGGGCAACCAUUCCAAUGCCUGAUCAUCCUAACAGUGACAUUUUUUUUUUCCUAAUAACUAAUCUGAAUCUGCCGUCUCAGUUUAAGGCCAUUUCCUCUAAUCCUCUCACUGCAGGCACGGUAGAAGAGACCGGCCCCUCACCACAAUCUCCAGUCAGGUGGUUGUAGAGAGCGAUGAGGCACAUGCACCCCCAGGCCCCGUGGAGCUGGGUUAGGGCUCCACGGAGCCCCACGCCACAGCCCCAGCCUUGCUGCCCCCUUCCCCAGGGCUUCCCCUCCUCUUCCCCUCUUCUCCAGUCGGUGGAGAAGGACAGGUGUGCCCCGGGGACACUGGGGAAGUGGCUCCAGGCUCCCUGACCUUGGCUAUGGAGCUGGCCCCGACAGCAGCUUGGCCAGCAUGUCUGCUGGCAGUCUGCAGGUCUCCAGGGAGAAGAGCCAGCCUGCCAGCUCUUAGCAGUGCUGGACGGUGACCUAAAGGCACUGGCAAGUGCUUGUCUGAAGCAAAUCCCUCUGUGAGCCACUACUACCCCUUUUUGGCACUGAAAUGCCAUGUUGGCACUUGAGGCUAAGGAGGCCUUUCCAGAAAAACAAGGCAUGUAAAAGAUUAGUCUUGAACUACUAUAGGGGUUCAAAGGAAAGUAUUAAAAAUAACAAGAACAGGAGUGCUGGAAACACUGCCUCAGGGAGUAUGUGCAGGUAAACAAAAGUUGCAAAAUCUGUAAUACUGGAUUCUAUAAAUACUGACGAUUCAUACUUCUGAAUGUAUUGUGAAGUCAGCACAAUCCUGACUAGGGUAACGUGCUAUUUUUUUGGUUCACUUGAAGUUCACACUUUACAAAAUUAGGACUGGAUAACUCAGGGAUGUACUACAGAGGUUUCACCUUCAGGAACGUGAGCCAGGUCAGUCCAGGGCAGCAAUGACAGAAACAGCAGUGCUUCCCUGGGGCCAGCUCAGGUUAACUGGGUGGUGGUUUCAGCCAGUCCUGUUUGACAAAGAUUUUUAUUAGGUUUCAUAGGUCAAAGAGUAAAUUGCAAAAGUAACCUAAUUAUACUUGCUGCUGGAUACAGUCCUCCUAGAUCAACAUUUAGACAUGCUAGUGAGCAAACACACACCAGUUUGCAAACCUGACUAACAUAUUUCCUUCAAAUAGUUGGAUAGACUUUAAUAUGAAAUGUUAGUGCAGUUUGGCUCUGAAAACUUGAACCAUUUAUAAAGCCAGGAGUCUUUGACAUAGUUCCUCUCUGUGUUCAGAAACAAUGCUUCCUUCUUUGCCGAUGUUAAAGAAUGUUUUAUUGCAGGGAGCAGUAUAGAAACAUGGCAGUAAAAGAGGAAGCUGAGUUCUACUGCCAGCUGGCCAUUAUUUAAAGAAUUCCCAAUUCAGUGCCAGUGAUCAAAACCUUUCAGAUUCUGGGCUCAGUUUGUAGGACAAAAUAGAAUCCUGAAAGCCACUAAAUUUUAUCUAGAAAUCAGAGACAAUAAGCAUAAAGCUGUAAGAAGCAGAUUUUAUAAAGUCCCUUUCCAGAGCACAACUUGAUUAUCUCCUGUUGCAGUAUGACCUCAAAGUACUAUAGCAUUACGCCUAAAAAAUGUAAAAGUGUAUUGUAGAUUUCUUUUUCAUUUUCUAGCCAAAAAAUGCUGUUGAUCACCAUGGGAACGAUUUUUAAAAAUUAUUUUUAGGAUUUACUAGGUUUUUAACGUCUAUUUAAAUGUAUCUACUGCAUUAAGGUCCUGUUCUCUGUCUCUAGCUGUGUUGGAAGAAACUCUAAAACUUCUUAGAUAAUUUACUUAUCAAAUGAGGAAAUCAUACUUGACUGUCAUCUCAAGGAUAGGUUCCUGGUCAAUACUACAGCCAGGAAACUUUACAGAAAGAUAGAACUUAUCUGUGAAGAACUUCAGGUUCUUAGCAACUGUAUCUUCCCAGCAUAGUACAAGAUUUUCUAUCUAUAUAUUUUUGUAGCAUAUUACGUUGUUUAUUGAUGUUGGAUGUCUAUUUAAGCAGAAAUACAUAAAAAAGAUGUGAAAAUCUGAAAUGCUUAAAAACUACAAUUAAAUUUGUCAACUAGCUAUACAUGUCUUCUUCACUUACAGUAAUGCCAGUCAUGCUUGAAUUACCUAAGCAAAUUUAAUCAAAAUGUCAAAGAUCUACCAAAACUCAGUUAAAAAAAGAAAAUAAAUCACCAAGUGAGAUGACAAAAUGUAAUUUGCUCUUCAAAAGAUAAAUUUCCAAUAUGCCUUGGAGGUUCUACUUAAUUGUUUUCUGUAAAUCGCUGCAUUUUGCUUUUCUUUGCCAAGAACUAUCAGAAUCCCAGCCAUGGGUGACCAGUUUCUUGGGCCAAGAAAAAAAUCAAUGACCAUUUAAUGCUUUCUAUUGUUGAUACUUUAUAUGUCCAAAUCCUUUUCUUCCAGCAGGUAUAGGAGCAAAAUUGUACAGAUGGCAGUUUUUUGUUGCAGGCAACCCAAGAAUGACAUCAGUGCACUGAAGCAGUGGUUUGGUUCUGCAUGUCUGAAAACUUUGGUACCAAAUUCAGUUCCUGAUCCUUAAUUGCCUCUUUCUUGCUUAAAAACCCUUUGGUAAUGUCGUUUCCCCCAUACCACACUGUAGGACCAGUGCUGUGGCCACUCACUCCUCCCUAAACAGGAGCUUGUGAAGAUGAAUUUCCUGCAGGCCUGGUUCCUGUGGUGGUGUUCCAUGUGAUGUUCUGCACAGAGUGUUUGUAGUUCUGGGUUUGCUGACUGUAAGCUGGGACUCUUGUUCAGAGCACUCACGUCAGUAACCAAUAGCAACCAAGCCAUUGGUAUCCUUUGACAUUACACCGUAGUUACCAGAUGCUAUACUUAGUACACUAAAAAAAGGCACUUGCAAAUCUGUCAAAAAUCAUAACAACUCUAUCCCUUAUUUUCCCAGGACGUAGUUAAAGCAGGAACUUUAAAUCUGACUGGAUUCCACAGACCGUUCUCGAGCCGACCAGUACUUUAAAACCACGUACAGUACUCAAUGCACCACCGCCACCAUGAAAUGCUCCAUGUCAGAGUGCGUGGAUCCUCCAUAAAUCCAUCCUGCUGAGGUUUGGUGUGGACAGAGCUUUAGGAGUGCUGCAAAAGGCCGAUUUGCAGCAGCCGGUCCUUUGCGGCGGCGCUGUGCCGGGCCGGGCAGAGCGGCGGCGGCCGUGCAGCAUGCUGGAUCCGGAGGGCAGUGUGGAGCAUCAGCCUUCCCCUUCCUUCCCCAAACUCCUGCUCAUCCCUCUAGCCAUGCUCCUCGCAAUUGCAGCGCUCCUGCUCUUAGCCUUUUCCGCCACGCGGCAGAAAGAGCCUGAUUUUUACACUUUCAAAGUUGUAAACAUCAGGGGCAAGUUAGUCUCCCUGGAGAAGUACAGGGGCUCGGUGUCACUGGUUGUCAACGUUGCAAGUGAGUGUGGGUACACAGACAGCCACUACAAGGCCUUACAGCAGCUGCAGAGGGACCUGGGCCCCUACCAUUUCAAUGUGCUGGCCUUCCCCUGCAACCAGUUUGGGCACCAAGAACCAGACACCAACAGAGAAAUCGAGAGUUUUGCGCGAAAGACUUACGGUGCCUCCUUUCCCAUGUUCAGCAAAAUCACAGUCAGCGGGGCUGGAGCAAUUCCUGCCUUCAAGUACUUAAUUGAUUCUACAGGAGAAGAACCAACCUGGAACUUUUGGAAAUACCUAGUGGACCCCAAUGGGAAAGUAGUAAAGGCCUGGGACUCUACUGUCUCUGUGGAAGAAAUAAGACCUCAUGUUACAGAACUUGUAAGAAAAAUCAUCCUGAAGAAGAAAGAUGAAUUAUGACUUUCAAAAAUACCAGCAUGCCCAUUACAUCUCUGUUGAGAAUUAGGACGGGACUUUGUCUUUUCACAUUCCAAAAGAGAGAAUAUGGGGAAGGGAAAUUAGGACCAGUUGAAUCUAUAGUCACCAUUCUAAGAAUGUAGAAAACAGCAAGUUAGCGUGGUCUAAGUAAUUUAAAUUUUUUUCUCCAACUGAAUUCAGUUUGACCUUUCUGGGAAAAAAGAAAUUCUCAGUAAUUGUUUCUUCCCCAAUUCAAGUUAUUCAUUGUGGGUAACACUAUAGGAAGUCAGUUAAUGUACUUGUAGGAAGAAGACUCAGAAUAAUGAGAAUUUCCUAACUGGGUUCUCACUGAUAUCUACAUUUUUGUUGUUAUGUUUUGACACAAACUGAAUAAAAUAAAGAGUAAAAAGUGCAUGAUUGACUCAAGGCAUGUGCUAAGGAGAGAGACAAACCAGGUACCUUCAGCCCAGGCAGACUUGCAUGGAUAUAUGCCUUUCCAAUUACCACAGCCAAACAUAUUUCAUUUCAUCUGUCUAGAAAGUCAGUUUAGAAGGGCACUGGGGAAAUACAUCUAUUAAAUAGAAAUGGAAGAAAUAUGAAGACAAAGUCUCUUUAAAAAUUCUCCACAAACUAUGGGAAGAAUUUCUAUAUUUUUUCACCAAGUAAAGAUUACCAGAUGAUAUUUAAAUAGUCAUUUGAACAUCUGUAGGACCAGAGCCAAUAAGAAAUGGCUGUUUCUUUCUUCUGAGAGCAUUUUGUCUUAGAAUUACUCUCACUCAUAAAAAUCUCAUAAAACUGAUGUUAAAUUUAUUUUACAAUUUAUGACACCAUCCAAUUUUGCUGCAUGUACAGACAAACAUUAGACAAUCAACACCUUUUCCAUGGAGUUAAUUUUUGCAAAUAUUUAAUUCUUACAUAAUGUUACCUAGUUUAAUACCACAUUUAUGUUACAAAUUAUUAAUGUCACCUUUUCAGGCAUCUGCUCAGCUCUCAGCCUGCAGAACUCCUUAGCUCACACUAAAAUAAUAACACCAACAAUUGCAGCCUCAU